CACAGUAUCACAGUCUCUUGGUUUUAUUCGAAAGGUGAGGUUUUAUUUUCCAAAAGCGCUCUAUCGCCAACACCAAUGGACAGACGUUAGAAGCUAUUAGGAAAGAAAAACUAAAGAAAACUGGUCUUCUAUUGUAUUUUCUGGCCAUUAAAGACUUUUAGCAAAAAAGUGAAAAUAAUAGUAUUUUUAACUUUGAACUGUGCCGUGGACCAACAAAUUGGAAAUUGAAAAAUAAAAACGUGUGUUUUCUUAUUUGCAGUUUUUAAAAGACAAAACCCAAAAGACUUCCAUGUAUUUUUAUGUAUUAUUUCUUGUGAUAAAAAAAUCUGUAAAUCUGUUGUAAAAAAGAAGUGAACUGAGGCCCAACGAGAAUCCCCCAACAGGAAAAAAAAGGAACAUAAACGAAAAUUAAAUCUCAAGCAGAUGAACAUUAGCAGCAGCAGCAGUGUGGUUGUAAAUUUUGUUGUACUAUUUGUAUAAUUUGUAAUUCCCUUUUUUGCCUGUCCAAACAACCGACCGAACGACCUACCGACAAACCAAGCCGAGAAAAAAGAGGAACUCUAAGAAAAAACCAUACGAACAAGUGUCAAAAAGAGCUCGGAAGGCAGGCAAGUAAGAAGAGUCGUCAUCAUCACCAGUAUUACAGAAUUCCGACACGGAGCGUAACAUUUUUUACAACUAACGGUGAAUGAAAUUUUUUUAUGCGUUUCAUCUGUUCAUUCGGUGACUUUUAUUGUAAAACUUUUUUAAAAAUACCAACAACUACAAAUGCUAGUGCUAUUGGUUUUGGGUUAGUGUGAGUGUGUAUGAAAUUAUUGUUGUUAGUGAGUGAUUUUUUUUUUGCAAAUAAUGUACUGAGAUUAUUAAAAAGUAACAAAAACCACAACAUUGUUCUCCAUCUCCAUUGAUUGGAAAUCGAAAAAUGUGCUUUGACUUCAACAUCAUCCCACUACGACCCAUAAGGCUGACGCUGUGAUUUCGACGGAGAAGUGCAUUUGGAAAAGAGAAGAGGUGUAGCAAACAAAAUUGUUGCUCUACUCCCUCUCUCGUCGUGUUACAGACAUUUUCGCUUUGGCACGUUGUCGCAAAGGUAGCUGUGGCAGUAGUACCAGUACCAGUACCAGCAACAUCAACAUCAACAGCGACACGAACGAGCAUUUCAACAGGAUUUCGUAUUAUGUGCGAAAAAUCAAAAUUAUUGUGUGUGGCAAGAUAUCAAAACAAGGCAUAAAAUUUGCAUCAUUCAAAGGCAAGAGCAGUGGCAGCGGCAUCAGUAACGGUGACGGUGAGUGCUGGCAACGAGAGUAAGCCAAGAACACAAAGUCAAGACAACAAAUACAAAAAACCCAACGAACAGGACCAACACUGUUCCACAAACACACACAUAAAGGGAACGAAGGAUAGCAUCCUCAACAUCAUCAUCUGGUGGAGCUGGAAACGAAAAACCACAGAGGUGAGACGUUGAACAAGACGACUACAACGACGACGACGACGACGUGUGUACAUAAAUAAAUAAUAAAUGUUCCUCAAUGAUGAAACCACUAAAGCACAACUAAACAGAAUAUUUGCUGCUACAAAAACUACUACAAAAGCAACAAAAACUACAACGGUUUUUACAACACAACUAUCAACGGAACUGUAACUACUCCCCGAUAAAAUAUAAAAAAGUUGUCAAACAAACCGGCAUUGCAAACACCGACUCAUACACACAUUGGUUGUUAUUUAUUAUACAGCCAGGACUUGCAACCACGACAUGUUGCAAAGCUUCUCCAAUUAGAGUUGUAGAACAGAUAUCUGUGGCGCCUUCUGAGACAACAUUUUCCAGUUUGUGGAAGCGGAAGUUUUAUAACACACACAGUCUCUAUAUUGUGAGGAACAGAGAGAAAGUGAGAGAGAAUUACCCACUUGUGUUGAUGAAAAUCUGCAAAGAACACGUGCACACAUACGCUCCCAUGUUCACAUACUCAUCAUUGGCUCCCUAAGGCCGAAAGAAAAACAGCUGUUUUCUGGAUAAGCAAUACAACGUGGUUUUUGGGUGCGUGCCGUAUUCUCAUUCUCGAAUUCUUGAAGUGCUCUCUCUCAAUUUUCCAAACAUUUUUUGUUUAUUCCACUCUGUGAGAGUGCUAAAAUAAGCAAAUCUCUUCGACAUUGAAUGCAUGUUUACGUUAUUUGUACACGAACGAACUCUUCCUGGUGUCGUCUGUUUGUUGUUUGAUUUGUUGGCUUCGUGUUAAUGGACCAAAAGCCGGUUCGUGCUUUCCUUUCGUGAUAUUGUGUAUGUUCGUGUGUCUGUGUGCAAGUCAGAGUUUUGGUUUGUAUUGUGGCCGUGUACAACUCCUCCAUUGACACCUUGUAUACAAUAGUAACAGCAAAACUGAGACUUAUUUUGCAAACAAACAAAUCGAGAGUUAAAAGCUAGGCAGGCUGGCAUACCGGCUGUGUCGACCCACCGAGUGAACGAACCAACAAAUUGACUUUGAAUCUCACAAACAGAGAAACAACCACAACUGAAACGAAGUAACGGCAGCAACAACAACAAACAUCCUUAUCAUCAGCCACUGCAGGAGUAACAACAACAACCACAAGAGCCGAGGAAUACUGGGAACAGGAAAAACAAAUCUCUGUGUGGAAAUUGUAUUUUCUAUUCAAAACAAUGCCUUCACUGCAACAGUUCAAUUCAAAUGAUUCCAACUGCCAUCAAGCUUCAUUGAAUACAACUACAUCCCCGGGCGCGAUGAGAUCUCCCAACAACACCAUUACUGGCCUGUCAGCAGACACAACGACAUUGACAGCUGCUGCCGCAGCCGCUGCGGCCACAGUUGGCACUGAACUGCUGCAACAGCAUUCAAUUAAUUCCAUAAUUGAGCAGCGACGCCAGGACUUUCUAACCCGUCACGCCAGUACAACAAGAGACGCGGCCAACACAACGCUAACCAAUUCAACAAACUCAACAUCGGAUACCCUAACCUCAACAUUAAAUGAUCCCAUUGCAUUGACGGCCGAAUUUCUUGGCUUGGACAAUCGUUCGACAAAUCCAACAACAGCAACAACAAUGACAAACAACAUUUUAAAUUUAGCUAACGUGGGCAACAGCACCAGCACUUCUUCGUCGUCGAUUAUUGGCAAAGUUUGUGGAGCCGUGGGGGCUAAUGGUAUUGGUCGCAUGGCUGCCAUAACUGGCGUUGGAGGCGGAGUUAAUGCCUCAUCAUCCACCACAUCGGCUUGCAAUGGCACAAGUCUCCAAACCAAUAUCGAUGUCUUGAAUUGUAAUGGCAAUGCAAAUGCCUUGGCGGCCGCUUACAUGCCACUCACACCCAGCUCCACGCAAUCCUCCAUAUCACCGGGCACAACGGCAACGGGCAACACUUUCGACAUGUUCCAGUUUGACAAUAUUGCACCAUCACAACAACACCAACAACAAAAUACACCACUCAAGGUGUUCCAAAGAAAUAUCAGCUUCGAUUGUUCUGCACCCUUAUCGCCCAGUACGCCUACAUCUCUUUAUAAUAACUCUUUUCAAAGUUCACCCUUAGUCAGCGAUAGCAGCAAUUCAUCCUCAGCCAAUGGCUUGUCUUUGGACUCCAUACCCAUGGUCUAUCAGAAUGGUUACAAUACCAAUGGACUGACUUCAACCCGUUCCACAUCGCCUGAGAGUCAAAAUAGUAAUCAAUCGAAUGAGAAUAACUUGAUUGAUAUGAUGAAAUUCCUCAAGGUUGCUGCCAACAAUCAGCAAAAUCAAUUGCCGCAGCAGCAGCAGCAACAACAGUCGCUAAACAUUCAACAGGAUGCAAACCUACAGCAGCAACAACAACAGCGCCUAAAACAACAACAACAAACUGAAUUCCUUAAUACCGAUUUUGAUAGCAUCAGCAAUCCUACAAAUCUUUUCGAUGAACAAAAUCUGGAAAAUUUCGAAGCUUUGUCGGCUUUCGAUAUGGAACUAUCCAAGUUGCAGGCCCUGAAUGCUGUUACCCUGUGGCAGGCUCAACAACAACAAAUGCCUUUGCUGCAAAAUCUCUUGCAGACCUACAAUACCAUCAAUCAAUUUCAGAACUGGCAAUUACAGCAGCAGCAGCAACAACAGCAGCAGCCGCCUGCUCCUCCCCCACAACAACAGCAACAAACGGUACCCCCAUCGAUACCGCAACGUUUAAACAACGGUAAUAAUUUUAUCAACGCUUUUAAUUUUAAUGGUACCGAGCAGCCCCCCUUAGAGCAAGCAGCAAAGUUCUAUCGAGGAUCUGCAGCGUUUUGUGAGCCCACCUGUACAUGGAGCGGUCAAUUGCCACCACGGUCACAUCGUCUCUAUCAAUUCUCACCCAAAGUGUUUUUGGGCGGCAUACCCUGGGACAUUAGUGAACAGUCGUUGAUACAAAUCUUCAGGCCAUUUGGCCAGAUAAAGGUUGAGUGGCCAGGCAAGGAAGAGGAAGGCACCCAACAACCAAGAGGCUAUGUUUAUAUUAUAUUCGAAUCGGACAAACAAGUCAAGGCUUUACUCUCCGCCUGUGCUGUCCAGGCCGAUGAGCGUCAACAUGGUGAUGGUAUUUUUUAUUUUAAAAUCUCCUCGAGGCGCAUCAAGGCAAAGGAUGUUGAAGUUAUACCCUGGUUAAUUGGUGACUCGAAUUAUGUCAAAUCUACUUCUCAAAAGUUGGAUCCUACCAAAACUGUAUUCGUUGGUGCCCUGCAUGGCAAGUUGACGGCCGAGGGUUUGGCCAAAAUUAUGGAUGAUCUCUUUGAUGGAGUUCUAUAUGCAGGUAUCGACACGGACAAAUACAAAUAUCCCAUUGGUUCGGGACGUGUAACUUUCAACAACAAUCGCUCCUAUUUGAAAGCCAUUUCGGCUGCAUUCGUCGAAAUUCGCACACCGAAAUUCACCAAAAAAGUGCAAAUCGAUCCAUAUCUCGAAGAUUCUCUAUGCUCAAUAUGCGGAGUACAACACGGACCAUAUUAUUGUCGAGAACUCAGUUGCUUCAGAUACUUCUGUCGCUCCUGUUGGGAAUGGCAACACUCAACCGAUCUCGUCAAAUAUCACAAGCCGUUGAGCAGAAAUUCGAAAUCUCAGACAUUGGUUGGCAUCGGACCAGCCACUUCGACGGCAUCAAUUGCAUCGAAUGCCUCUACCCCAUCAUUGCCAUCGAUUAAUUCCCGCCCAGUAUUGAAUUGUCGUCAAACUCCCCAGCCAGUGGUUGGUCAAACGCAAGCACAAGAAUCGUUUAAUGCAAUUCAACAGCAGCAACAACAACAGCAACAUCAUCGUCGCCAGCAGCAACAGCUACAGCAGACAUCUCAGGCUGGCUUUCAGUUGCAGACACAAUCCUCUCAAUCACAACAGCAGCAGCAACAACAACAACAGCAAAUUCCUGCUCUGAAUGCCUUUCAUUUUUAGAAAAGAGAAGAUCAAGCAAUUGAUGAGAGAUGUUAGAGAACAUCUCAUAAAGAAAAUGUUAGAGAAUCACGAGGAGAACAUUGAUUGUUUUGAUGUUGAAGUUAAUUUUUUUAAGAAGCCUUAUUUUAUUUAUUAUCAUUGUUGUAUAUAAAUAGGGAGUUUAACGUCUCGAAGAGAGAGACACAAGUUUAGGUUUUGAAUUCUAUCCUUGCAAAGGAAACAAACACCCGCUCACUCACAAACGAGCAACCCAUCAUCAUUAUUGUAUUUAUAAAACAUAUCAGCAUCAUUUUGUUUAAAUGCGAGAGAUAGAGGAAGAGAUGAAGAAUUUUUAAUGGAUCUCUUAUUUUUAUAUUAUAUCUCUUUUUUUCAUAAAACUCAUUAGAAGUUCUGCUUUCAGUUUAUGUAUUGUGGUGCAAAGCCAAGACAAGUGGCGAUGGCUUUUUUCUUGAUCCAUGUUUUGCACUUUAUUCUGUUUUCUUCAUGUUCCAAAUGUUUUGCUUGUCAGUGCCUUUUUUUUUUUUUUU